ACCCGCCAUUUUAACGUGUCGCAUAAACGCACUGCAAUCGUGCCUGCAUCGCGCACACAAUUCGCAAUUUUCCGCUCGGAAUUCAACCGAAAAUCAUCACUGUGAACCGUGCAAAUUAUAACCGACGAGCAUCGCACCGAUUUCAAGGUAUGAUUCAGCGUUUAACGUGGUGAGCUCGUUAAUAAUUCGCAAAUUAGGCAUUCCUAACCUGCACGCGCAUAAAUGCCCACAAUUGGUUGAAUAUGGCACAAUUCUUUCAAGUUGUCGACCAGCACACGCCUGGCGACGAAAUGCCAGCGACCUAUUCCACGAACAUCGUCGACCAACAGGGCGUGCAUUACAUCAUCCAGAGCACCGACAGUAAUCAGACUUUUCUCCUUGAUAAUGUCAUAGAGCAGCCAGUGCUGCAGCAAUUUCCACAACAGCAGCUGUAUCUUGUGAGCAGCCCGCCGAAGCAAGUACCCGCAAUGCAGCCGGUCGUGCUCAAUCAUACACUGCAACAACCUGUAAUCCUAAACAGCACCAUACCACCAGUGCGAGGCAUAACCCGAGCGAAUAUGAUUCCACGUCCGCGCAGCGCCAUAGCAGUCACACCACAACAACGCAUGCUGCGCGGCCUGCGACCCUCUCCGAGAGCCACCGGACAAGUCCGUGGUGUUAUCCGACCAGCCACCAACACCGCAAGUGGAGUGAACGGCACGGAAAUGGUCAAAAUGGAAGACGGGCGUAUUCUACCCCUGGAAGACUACCAAAAACUCAUGGAACAGAAGAAGUUAACUCCACAACGACCCGGAGGAAUGGUUAGACCUGCAAGACCAACUCUACCACGCCCUGCAGCCCGUCCACCUAUCCAUCGAGUUCCUGAACCGAUUCCAACUAGAAAACCAUCCGCGAGGAUAAUCGGCUCGAAUCAGUCCGCAGUCAUGCCGAAAAUCCUGCGAGACUUCCAAGUCUCACAGGAUAUCAAAGAUAUCAUUAGUAAAAGCGGCAGGGAUGAUGAAUUUGAGAAUAGUAUUCGCAUGUUUGUCUUGCUUGCUGGCGGUGAACAAAGACUGAUCACUUUCACAACACCCAAAGAAGAUUGCACCAUCGACGAAAUCCUGGAUCAAGUCGGUGUUGCGGUUGACGCAGGUACUAGAAUUGGUAUUAAUGAAAUCAACAGGGAUGGUAUUAAUAUCGUGGUCAGUGUGGGUUAUGAUGACGAAGAUGACGAUCCAUCCGCACCUCCAAAACCUCGUAAUCGUGCGAAAAAAGCACAGCCUGUUGAACCCCCGCCGAAAAUCCCAACGCCGCCUUUGGAACCGCCUGAAGAACCUCCGAAACUCAUCCCGGGUAAGAUGGCGGUGUGUACAAACUGCGGAUUUCUUUCCGAAGAUUUCAAUCGGUGUCAGCGAUGCAGACGGAAAUUACCAGAUAAUAGUAAAGCUGUUUUAAUCAAACCUGGAGCAGAACGUAACACGUCGAAGAAACCAGGUAUUGAGAUUAAUCUCAAGCCUAGACCUGCGAGUUUAGGGAAUUCUUCUUCUGGGAAUGGUAGUGUUACUACCACAACAGCUAAUAUGAUAGCAAAUAAAGGUAUAGCAUCACCGAAGAGGAAGCUGCAGCGCACGCGGUUGCAGGAAGUUGAGAAUAUGGUGGUUACGCUUAGUUCGGACGAGGAAGACGAUGAUUCUUCCAAUGAUAAACCGGAUGCGGCUGUUGCUGACAAGGAGCCGUCGAUUGAAUGCUUGAAGAACGCUGUGGUGUCCUCGUUGAAGAAUUCGGCUAGUUUGGCGUGUUGCAGUAUUGCAUGUCGCACGAUUCGUAUUGGUUCCUAUAGAUUUACUCCAGUUUCUGAUGUGGCUUUGAAUUGUAAGGAGAUGAUUAUAAAAGUACCGCAUACUCAACGCAAAGGCGAGAUUAUAACAAUAUUAAUCGCGCGCAGGAUUGUAUACAAGGUGUUGGCGAAUUUCCAGAAGACGCUGCCUGUUGUUUUUAUCUAUGUGUUACCUUCGGAAGCUGAAAAGAUUGCGUCUGCGUUGGGAAUGACUCCGGAUGGUGAAUUUUUCUACAAUCCGAUUAGUGAUAAUGAGUUGCAUCGAAGAAUUGUGCUUUUGCCGUCGUCUUUCGGUGAGGAGGAUAAAUGGGUGUUUGAAACUGUUUAUGGGGAGCCGAAAAUCUUGGAGGAGAUCAAUGCAGUCGAGGCGAAUUCUAUUUUGUUGAAGACUUGUGCCGCGGAUGUCUCACAAGCCAUUUUGGCUAAUUCCAAUCAACAACAAUCGUCGGAAGUUCGACAAUUAUUAAUUUAUCCGCCUGGUAAAGGCGGUAUUAGUAUUAAUACCGAGGAUUAUAUGUGUUUGGAGCGCGAUCAGUUCCUGAAUGAUGCGAUUAUUGAUUUCUAUCUGAAGCAUAUGAUACAUCAGAUGCCUGAGGAGCAACGUGCCAAGGUUCAGGUGUUUUCCACGUUUUUCUAUACAAGACUCACGACCAAACCUGCACGCAAUUUGAGGCGAGCGCAUUCAACCGAAUUGGAUGCAAAUUUAACACCAGCUCAAAAACGUCACGCUCGUGUGCAGAAAUGGACGAAAAAUAUCGAUUUGUUUGAAAAAGACUUUAUCGUGGUGCCGAUAAAUGAAAACGCCCACUGGUUUUUGGCCAUUAUUUGCUUCCCUGGCAUGGAUGAAGCGGAAACGUUCAGUGGUAUCAAGAUCAAACGAGAAUUAUGCAAACGCCAAACUACAAAACGAUCGAGUAACAUUCCACCGCACAAACCACCUGUGCAAAUAAAGGCUAUCAAGACUCCCAUUCCGGAAAUCGAGGAUAAUUCAGAUAAAGACGAAGCCGAGGGUGAUGAUAGCGAAUUCGAAGUCGAUGAUUCUGAUGAAGCAACUCCAACGACGCCUGUAUCGAUGGACAGCGUACCAAUCAAACAACCCUGUAUCUUAAUAUUCGACUCUCUUGCCGGCGCUGGGCGAUCGCGCGUCGUCGCAACUCUCCGUGAUUACCUCACCUGCGAAUAUGCGGCGAAGAAAAAACAAGUCAAAGUCUUCACCAAGGAAAUCAUCUGCGGCGCCUGCCCGAAAAUCCCCCAGCAAAACAAUUACACCGACUGCGGCCUGUACCUGCUCCAAUACGUCGAGCACUUCUUCAAGAAACCCAUCACCGACUAUCGCAUUCCGAUCCAGGGCCUGAAGGACUGGUUUGAUGAGAUAAUCGUAACGCGCAAACGCGAAGACAUCGCCAACCUCAUCAAGGAGCUGAUGCUCAAGUACAAGAAGGACAUCAACAUCCUACCCGCCAUUGCGCUGCCCACGCAAAACGGUGAUAUCGUGCCGGAUGAGGACGAAGACGCGGAGGAUGCGAAACAAUUAGAAAAGGACGAGGACAUGGAAUGCGGUCAGGAGGCAUUGCAGAAUGAGGAUGGGCAGUUAUCGAAUUCCGGUUCGGAGUCAAGUAUGUCUCCCGGUGAUAAAUCCAGCAGUCGGCAGAGCGCCAUGUCAUAUUUGAAAGCGAAGCGCAUCGUUAAGGUUAAGGCGGACACUUCCGGUGAGGCAAAGGAGGAGCCUAAGAAGCGGAAGGUGCAGGAGUAAUGGUGAUGAUGAAUUAUUGACUGACGCGACGUUAAUUUAAGCAGUUACUUUGAUUUUAUUUAGUUCUCCUGUCUUACGGUUAUUAUCUUUUAUACAGUAUAUAUCAUAUUUUGCCGAAUAUUGAUAUCCUUGCUGUAUAUUGAAGUAAUGUUAAUUGUUACAUAAUAAAUUGCAUAUUUCUUGUAA